AUGGAUUAUGACAGCGACGAAAUCGUAAGUACGACAAUCGAAGAACUCUUCCCUAUACAAUUUGAGGAAGAAGAAUCUUCUGAGGAACCACCGGCAUCUGAAUGGUCUUCCCUCAUCGUUGUAAGUCGUCCAGAAAAUAAGAAGGUGAAACUACACGAGGAAGGCUUGUAUGACCCUGGCUCUGGAGAAAUAUGUACUCACUACAUAGCAUGCUCCUGCAGCUCAGUGUUCCGGCAUCCAUACUACAACUACCCAGCUAUACGAGAUCCCGGUAUAGAAGCUGCAUUAACAAAACCACAACCAAUAGUAACUUAUGCAGACGACGGCCAAGAACUGUACCUUCAUUUAUGCAAAGAAGCAGGAAUCUAUGCAAUGAGACCCUUCUAUAAUUCAUUGUUAGACAACAAGAUAGAUUUGAGAUACUAUGGAAUCCAUUCAAAGGCAUUUCCCAUCAUGGCUGCAGCGCUAAGUCAAAACAAAUUUGUAAGAAUUUUGGAUCUCACAGACAAUUGGAUCUCCAAUGAUGGAUGCUUUCAUAUUGGAGAAUUGCUAAUUAGCAACAAUACAAUAACGGAGCUCUAUUUAACUGGAUGUAGAAUUGGACCCGCAGGUGCCAAACGCAUUUUCUGUUCUUUGUCCAUCAACCGAUCGCUCACUAAGCUUGAUCUCUCUAGAAAUGAGUUGCACGAUGAAGGGGUCAAUUAUUUAGCUGCAGCCAUUUUGCAGGGAGCAGAUAUUGUUCAUUUAAAUCUAAGCGGAAACAAACUAACUUUUAAGUCCGUACUUGCGCUCUGUGAAGCAUUUGAAAUUAGAAACAAAUUAACACAUUUAAAUUUAUCGUGGAAUACUAUAAUUUCACCAAAAGCAAUUCUUCAGCUGUGCACAUAUCUGUCUGAUAACGUUAAGUUUAGAGAACUGGAUUUGUCCUGGAACGGACUAGACAGCCGCAUAGGUGCCGCUAUAAAGAUCCUUCUGUUAAACCGGAACGUUCAAAAAAUAGAUCUAAGCAACAACAAACUACAAGGAGAAGCGAUAAAGCUGAUUGCACAGGGUUUAAAUAAAGCCAAAAAACUGCAAUGUUUAAAUCUCUCUUUCAAUCCUCUUACUCCAAAGGACGCUAUGGUAUUACUCCUGCGCUUAAAAAGCCCAGGCGUCAAACUAAAGGAACUUCUUCUUCAUGAUGUGAUUGUUGAACCAGAGUUUAUGCAAACGCGUAAAGAAAUACUGUCUCUGAACUUUCGCAAAGGAACUAUAAUUACUCAUGGCUAUGUACGACUUGCAGAAUCGCCUCCUAAGUUCGAUGUCAGGGAACUACUUCUUAAAAGAAUUCAAGCGAUUGGUAAUUCAGCAAAAAGUAAAGCAAAGAGAUUUGAUGCCGCAUUAAUUCUCCUGAAACUGCACAGUAAAGACCCUAGAACAUAUGAUGUGCAAGAAUUUGCUGCAAUACUAAAACGGUUAGAACUGAACUUGGAUGAAGAUCUAGUAAUAGAGUUAUCUGAUGUGUUCCGCGGCCCAAGGCUAGGAAAAUUCUAUACUAUUAAUUUAAAUAGUAUUGUUGACUAUAUCCAUCGUCUGUGGCCAGAAAAGCAGACACCACCACCGACUCCUCCCCCUGAAGAAGUAUAUGUCCCUCCACCAAAGGCUAAAAAGGGGAAAAAUAAGAAGAAGAAAUAA